UCACCUUCAAAAUUAGUUCUAAAACAAUCCUUUUCCUUGUUGAUACCAAAAUGAAGAAAGUAAGUUUCUUAUGCAAGUCAACUUUAUUCAGUUUAACUCUGUUACUUGAGGUUCAUCUCCUGUUUUGCCUAACAGAGAAUCAUUUCGGGGACUGCGUAACUAAGAAAUGCGGAAAUGUAGGUAUAAGAUAUCCUUUUUAUUUACAAAAUGAGCAAACAUCAUAUUGUGGGUAUCCUGGUUUUGAGGUAUACUGCAGGAAUGAUGGACUUGUUUUGUUCAAUAUAUCAAGGGACACGUAUGUAAUAAGAAACAUUUCCUAUGAAAGAGAGCAGUUUCAAGUCGUAAACUCUGCUUUGACUGGUGGGAAUGGUUGUUUGGAUUCAAUGAAGAAUCUGACUUUUGAGAGCAAUUUGAUCAACUAUGCAUCGAAUCAUGAUGAUAUGUUCGUGUUUCCGAAUUGCUCAGGAAUGGUUGAGGGAGAAUAUAGGGAGAAUAGAGUGAAAUGCGGAGGUAUAGCCGUGUAUAGGAAUGACUCAAGACUGGAUUAUUUGACAAAGAACUGUAAUGGAGUGGCUAUUGCAGUGCCGUACAAUGAUGAGGGUUCGAGUCGUGGUGGUAGAAUCAUUGAUACAUUGGGAAAGGGGUUCAUACUUAACUGGACAGCUUAUUAUUGCACAGACUGUGUACAAACUGGGGGGCGGUGUGGAUUUGAUGCCAAAAAGGUUCAAUUCAAUUGUUACUGUCCUGAUAGAACUCAUAGUCUUUAUUGUGUUGUUCAACCUUUAUUAAAUAAUAAGAACAAGUCAGGAGUUAUUCUUUUUCCAGUUGCAACAUUGGGAGGAGCUAUGAUUUUGAUUGCUUUUGUCAUCAUUAUAUGUGCAAAAAAAAGGCCAAGGAACAGGAAGUUUUCACUUCUAUGGACUAAAGGGACUAUGAUGAACCAAAAUGUGGAAGCUUUUCUGAAAAGCUAUGGAUCUCUUGCGCCAAAAAGAUACACAUACGCAGAGAUAAGGAGAAUGACCAACAACUUCGGAGAGAAACUUGGUGAAGGAGGCUUUGGUGCAGUUUACAAAGGAAAGUUGCCUGAUAAUAGCCGUUUUAUAGCAGUAAAAAAGUUGAAGAAGAUGAAAGGAAAUGGAGAUGAUUUCAUCAACGAGGUUGUAAGCAUGGGCAGGACUAACCAUGUCAAUGUUGUAACCCUUUUAGGGUUCUAUUUUGAAGGAAACUGUUCCGAAAACAAACGAGCUCUUAUCUUCGAGUUCUUCCCCAACGGAUCUCUUGAAAAGUUCAUAUUUACUGCAGAAACUGAUCAUCAUUCAUUGACAUCAGAGACAUUGUUCAGCAUUGCAGUUGGUAUUGCUAAGGGACUUGAUUACUUGCAUAGAGGUUGUAAUACGCGAAUUCUACACUUUGAUAUCAAGCCUCAUAAUAUUCUUCUCGAUGAAGAACUCCGUCCAAAGAUUUCAGAUUUCGGCAUGGCUAGAUUGUAUCCACCAAAUCCAAAGGAAAGUUUGAUAUCAAUGUCAGGAGCAAGAGGAACAAUUGGGUAUAUUGCUCCAGAAGUUUUCUGCAGAAAUUUUGGAGGAGUUUCUCAUAAAUCAGAUGUUUAUAGCUAUGGAAUGAUGGUGUUGGAUAUGGUAUGUGGCAGAAACAGCAUAGUUUCUGAAGCUCAGGGAAGCAGUGAAGUGUACUUUCCUGAAUGGAUAUAUAGUCAGCUCGAGGUUGAAGAUGAGCUUCAAAAUGACAUUGAAGUUCAUGGGAAGGAUGAUGAAGAGAAGGAAAUAAGAAGAAAGAUGAUUUUGGUGGGAUUAUGGUGUAUACAAUCAUAUCCCUCGAAUCGACCACCUAUGAACAGAGUUUUAGAAAUGUUGGAAGGUCCUCUUGAGUCACUACAAGUGCCUCCCAAGCCACACAUAUCUUCUCCCCCAACUUCUGCAUUCGAUUUUUCUACACACCUGUGUUUUGCACAGAUUAAGAUUUAAGACAACCAAACAAAGGGAGAAGUUCUGCAAAAACUCGAUCUCAAGCUAGUUCCCUGCUGUAAUAAAGCAGCUAGAAGAAGAUAUCCUGAUUAGUAUAGCCGCUUUUUCAAAAUAUUACUGUAAAUGAACACUGAUAAAUUCUCACCGUACAGAAGAAAUGCUUAAGUAAUAUAGAAGGUUCCUCAGA